CAACAAACCCCCGAAGCUGUGGCCCCGCGCGCCGGCGCCGCAACAGAAAAAACAGGGGAGAGCGAGGCACGGGCGCACAACGGCAACAGAGCUGGCCUUUGCUCUGCUAUUUUCCGCCACCGUCAGAUGAAACCGACCCGACAAGCCGGCCGGAGCUCGUCAUGGCGGCGGCGCCGCGACGAGCAAUGAGCACGACACGGCCUGAUUUCUUUGCAAGAGGACGUAGCUCCGAUCGCGUGCCGCCGUGGUUGGGUUGAAUCGAACCCUUCUUGUGUUUGUGUAGCCGUCAUGUCGUCGUCCAACUCCUCCUCGGCCGCCCCGCCGCCGCCCUCCAAGAGCAGCCCUCCUCCAUCGGCCGCCCCGCCGCCGUCUACCUCCAAUUCGUCCUCGCCGGUGCCAUCCAGCUCCAACGACCCCUCGCCUCCGCCUGCGCCGUCCAAGUCGCAUGGCGCUCCCGCGUCGCCGGCAAGGGUUCCGUCUCCGCCAGCCCAACCUUCCAGAGGGUCCGGUGAGUCGAGCAGGUCAUCACCGGCUUCUGCGCACCGUGUCAGCUCCAACACCACGGCCGAGAUCAUUUUCGCCGUCGCCGGGGCGGCGAUGCUCCUCGCGCUCCUCAUCGCGGCCUGCGUCUGCUGCUCGAGGAGGACCGCGCCGAGGAGGCGGCGGAAGCCUCACAAUCCAAUGCAUUUCUACGCGGAUACCUCCGGCAACAAAGCCAGCAGCACGUACUACACCGGCGGGCAACAGCCACAGCGGCAGACCGGCACCGGCGCGGAGCCGUCGACGAGCACGUCCGGCCCGCCGGGGGCAGCCUGGCCCCUGCCGCCCGACUUGAACUCCGGCGUCUACUGCAGCCCGCGCGAUCAGCCGACGCCACCGCCCGCACCGCACGGAACGCUGGGGCUCGGCAGGGGCACGUUCACCUACGAGGAGCUCGCGGCGGCGACGGGCGGGUUCUCGCAGGCGAACCUGCUCGGGCAGGGCGGGUUCGGGUACGUGCACAAGGGGGUGCUCCCCAGCAGCCGGGCGGUGGCCGUGAAGCAGCUUAAGUCCGGGAGCGGGCAGGGGGAGCGCGAGUUCCAGGCCGAGGUGGACAUCAUCAGCCGGGUGCACCACCGCCACCUCGUGUCCCUCGUCGGCCACUGCAUCGCCGGCGCCAGCCGCAUGCUCGUCUACGAGUUCGUCCCCAACAAGACGCUCGAGUUCCACCUCCAUGGGAAAGGGUUGCCGCCGAUGGCAUGGCCGACGAGGCUGCGCAUCGCUCUCGGGGCGGCGAAGGGGCUCGCCUACCUGCACGAAGACUGCCAUCCACGGAUCAUCCAUCGCGACAUCAAGUCGGCCAACAUCCUCCUGGACAACAACUUCGAGGCCAUGGUGGCGGACUUCGGGCUGGCGAAGCUGACAUCCGACGGCAGCACGCACGUCUCGACGCGGGUCAUGGGCACGUUCGGGUACCUGGCGCCGGAGUACGCGUCGAGCGGGAAGCUGACGGAGAAGUCGGACGUGUACUCCUACGGCGUGAUGCUGGUCGAGCUCCUGACGGGACGGCGGCCCAUCGACGCCACCACCCACUUGCUCCUGGAGGACGGCCUCGUGGAAUGGGCGAGGCCGGCACUGUCGCGCGCUCUGGCGGACGGUGACUACGACGCCGUCGCUGACCCGAGGCUGGAGGGCAGCUACGAGCCGGUGGAGAUGGCGCGCGUUGUCGCCAGCGCCGCCGCCUGCGUCCGCCACUCGGCCAAGAAGCGCCCGAAGAUGAGCCAGAUCGUGAGGGCGCUGGAGGGCGACAUGUCGCUGGAGGACCUGAACGACGGGGUGCGGCCGGGGAAGAGCAAGCUGUUCGGGGAGGAGGCGGCGUCGUACACUUCGGACAUGAACCAUGCCAAAGAGGUGGCCGUGGCGAGCCCCGAGUACAGCGGCGGGUUCGGACGGCCCUCGCCGGUCAGCAACGGCAGGCCUAUCUCCCACGAGACGAGUCCGGUGGAGUGACAGCCGCCGCACCUAUGAGCGAUUUUCUGCUCUUUGCUUGCCGUACGUCAGUAGUUUGUCCAUGUGCCAUCUCUAACAUUUUCUACGGACACACUGCCCCUUACACGUCUGUGAGUAGGUCACACCUCACCUCAUAUUUGAUGCUAUCUGAAUGUCUCAUAUUUUAUCCUUA